AAAAGUCCAGCUUCGCGUUACAAACUUUUUGCACCAAUCAGAAGGCGCCGUUUGCCUUUCCUGCCCAGAGCCGAGUAGCAACAAGUCCGACCUGGACCAGAACCCCGCACCUGGACUAUCCCCACCGUGGAAGACGUGAAGAAAUUUAAACGCACCAUGUUGGGGAUGUACGUGCCGGACAGAUUCUCUCUCCAGUCGUCCAAAGUCCAGGAUGGAAUCGGUCUGUUCACGGCACGGCGGGUGAAAAAGGGAGAAAAGUUUGGCCCCUUUGCAGGCGAGAAGAAACUGCCGUGCGAGUUGGACGAAAGCUCCGACACGAGACUGAUGUGGGAGGUGCGUGGCAACAAGGGUGACGUCCUGUAUAUCUUGGACGCCAGCAAUCCGCGCUACGCCAACUGGCUGCGUUUUGUCCACCAGGCGCCCUCGCAGGAGCAGAAGAACCUGGCAGCCAUUCAGGACGGCGAAAACAUCUUCUACUUGGCCGUGGACGACAUUGAGACGGACACGGAGCUCCUCAUUGGCUUCCUGGACAGCGAUAUGGAGGAAGAGGAGGAGGAGGAAGAGGAGGAGGUCAGCAAAGACGAGGACGAGAGCAGCAAAGAGGCGAAGCACCUGGUUGAAAUGGAAUUGGUGAUCAAGAAGGAGGACCACCCGUGUCUUCUGUGCGAGAGCAGCUUCCCCAGCGAAGAGAUCCUGGCCGCCCACCUGCAGAGUCUGCACCAGAGGCCCAGCACGGACGAAAAGGAGUUCAAGUGCAGGAAUUGCGGCAAGAAGUUCCCGGUCAAGCAAGCGCUGCAGCGCCACGUGCUGCACUGUUCCGAGUCGGUGAGCCCUACAGGAGACUCCAAAGCUCAUCACCAGUGCUUGCUGUGCCACAGCUCCUUCAGUUCAGAAUCCAGUUUUGAGCAGCACAAGGAGGCGUGUAAAGGCGACGCCCGCUUCAUCUGUAAGGAGGAGAGCUGCGGCAAACGGUUCAAGAGCAAGGACGCGUUGAAGAAACAUAAAGGGAACGUUCACACAGGGAGCGCACGGCGGAAACUGACUUGCACCAUAUGCAACAGGAAGUGCUCGUCAUCUCUAAAUCUGCAAGAGCAUAGAAAGAUACACGAAAUAUUCGACUGCCAUGCAUGUGACAAGAAGUUCAUCUCCACAAAUCAGCUCAAACGACACAUGAUCACACACUCAGAAAAGCGUCCGUACACGUGCGAAAUCUGCAGCCGCUCGUUUAAGCGCCUCGACCAGGUGACGGCGCACAAGAUCAUCCACAGCGAGGACAAGCCGUACAAGUGCAAACUGUGCGGCAAAGAGUUCGCCCACCGCAACGUCUACAAGAACCACAAGAAGACCCACUCGGAGGAAAGACCGUUCCAGUGCGACGAGUGCAAGGCUCUUUUCCGCACCCCUUUCUCUCUACAGCGCCACCUACUCAUCCAUAACAGUGAGCGGACGUUCAAGUGCGACCAGUGCAACGCCACCUUCAAGCGCAAGGACACGCUCAACGUCCACAUCCAGGUGGUGCACGACGGCCACAAGAAGUACAAGUGCGACCUGUGCGAGAAGGCCUUCGUCACGCCCUCCGUCCUCAAGAGCCACAAGAAGACGCACACGGGCGAGAAGGAGAAGAUUUGCCCGUACUGCGGACAAAAGUUUGCCAGCAACGGCACGCUGAGGGUCCACAUCCGCAGUCACACAGGUGAGCGUCCUUACCAGUGCCCCUACUGCGACAAAGCCUUCAGCAAGAACGACGGCCUGAAGAUGCACAUCCGCACGCACACUCGAGAGAAGCCGUACAAAUGCAGCGAGUGCAACAAAGCCUUCAGUCAGAAGCGAGGCCUGGAUGAACACAUGAGGACGCACACGGGAGAAAAACCUUUCCAGUGUGACGUGUGCGACCUGUCCUUCAGCCUGAAGAAGAUGCUGAGUCGCCACAAGCUGACGCACAACCCCAACCGUCCCAUGGCCGAGUGUCAGCUUUGCCACAAGAAGUUCACGCGCAACGACUACCUCAAAGUGCACAUGGAGAACGUCCACGGAGAGACGGAUGGAUAGACGGACGUAUAGUUGGAAGGACAGACAGUACUGUGUUAAAGUUUGUGUUGAGCAUGAAUCGCCGAAUAGGUACGUUUAUCCAGAACCCCCCCGAGCAAAAUUGCAUCAUAAUG